AAGCGUCCUAAGCGGAUGUCACGUCCGGUCUGAACAGCCGGCAGGAUUGAAGGAAGAAUCUGGAGUAACCCAUCACAAGUGUCCUUUAUCUUUAAACACAUUUGAGUUAAAUCUAUUGCUGCAGUCGCAAUGACUUUCGAUGUGCGGAGGUUCGAUAUCUACAGGAAAGUGCCGAAAGAUCUUACCCAGCCAACAUAUACUGGAGCUUUCAUUUCAAUAUGCUGCUGUGUCUUCAUGUUGUUCCUCUUUCUCUCGGAACUGACAGGAUUCAUCGCUACAGAAAUAGUAAAUGAACUGUAUGUGGAUGACCCUGAUAAGGACAGUGGGGGGAAGAUAGAUGUGAGUUUAAACAUCAGUUUGCCAAACUUACACUGUGAUUUGGUGGGUUUGGACAUCCAGGAUGAGAUGGGACGGCAUGAAGUGGGCCACAUAGAGAAUUCAAUGAAGGUGCCUCUUAAUAAUGGCCACGGCUGCCGCUUUGAAGGGGAGUUCAGUAUUAAUAAAGUUCCAGGAAACUUUCAUGUGUCGACACACAGUGCGACUGCUCAGCCCCAGAGCCCUGAUAUGACCCACAUCAUCCACAAACUGGCCUUUGGGGCGAAGCUUCAGGUGCAGCAUGUCCAGGGGGCUUUUAAUGCAUUGGGUGGAGCCAACAGACUUCAGUCCAAUGCUUUAGCUUCACACGAUUACAUUCUUAAGAUCGUUCCUACAGUUUACGAGGAUCUGGGAGGAAAGCAGAGGUUCUCCUAUCAGUACACCGUUGCAAACAAGGAGUAUGUGGCGUACAGUCAUACAGGCCGCAUCAUACCAGCUAUCUGGUUUCGAUAUGAUCUGAGUCCAAUCACAGUCAAGUACACCGAGAGAAGACAGCCUUUCUACCGCUUCAUCACUACCAUCUGUGCCAUCAUCGGCGGGACGUUCACCGUGGCCGGUAUCAUCGACUCCUGCAUAUUCACAGCCUCUGAGGCCUGGAAGAAAAUCCAGAUCGGCAAAAUGUCAUGAGUUGUAUUUGCAUGUCAAUCACGCCUUUUAUUUAUGCCAGCCAAACCUCUGUCCACUCAUCUUUACACCCAUUCAUGAUCCAUACCAACCACAACCAGAAUAAUGUUGUGUCAUGCCAGAUCGCCUUCCUCUGCGCUCAUUCAGAGUCACGUUUAAUAUGACUAAUUCUAGAGUUUUCAUUUGGGGGAAGAAGGUAGUUUCCUUAUUUCACUGCCGUACUGAAAUCAUCUGCACUUCUUAAUGCAGCUUUGCGUUUAGAGAACUGCUGUGGAAAGAACCUGUUUUUUUUUUUACUCAUAGGAAGGACACCUGGCUUUUCUCAUUUUAUACUGUUUAGUGUUUCAAGUGUCAUUUUGAGAGGCCAUUGUGAAUCCGCUUGAACAGAAUUCCACUUCAUUGGGUUGAUUUUUACCCUCAUUGGGGGCAUUUAAGGGUUAAUCUCAUGAAACCUUUUAAAGAAUAUUGCACCAUAAAAUGAAACAGACGAAAACAUUUUAAUCUGAAAAUAUUUCCAUGUUGGCUGUAAUUAAUAAUGAAAUGUGUUUUAGUUUUGCUUAUUUUGUUUUAUAUUGUUAGUUUAUUUACACUUUUGAAUUGUGUUUUGGUAUUCUGAAAUCUGAUCUGCUGACCUCUGAUGGUAAAAAUUAAACCGUAAGUGUAUUUUAUUAACAUUUUGGUUAUUUUAAUGUGAUGUAGUUGCACUACGCAUUUGACUACUGAGUAAUAUUAAUUAGUUAUAUGUACUUACUGUAUGCUUGGGUUUAAAAUGUGACUUAGUUGCAUAUUAUUAUGCAUAAUUCAUAGUUAUCAGUCGCAGAUUUAGGUAUUGUGCUAGAGUCGGCAUGGAGACAAUCCCUCAUCAUUCACUUUCAUCUGCGACAACAACAACCCCCCCCCCCCCCCACCCCCGCCUCUUCACUUUCGUCCACGAAAGGGAGGCACAACCACCGUGAAGGUGACACGACUGUUGUUUGCCUAGAGCGCCAGUUAAGCUUGCUCCACUUCUGAUUGUAAUUACUAUAGUAAGUGCAUGGUGUAUGUGUAACUACGUCACCUUAAAUGAAAGUGUUACCGACAUUUUUGUGUAGUACUUUUGAAGUUAUA